AUGUCAAGACAAUUAAGGUGGUAUUGUCCUUACGCUAGUUGUACUUGGACUCGUUUUGGAACAGGAUUAUCUGUUUGUGACGAUGGUAUGUUUUGUAUGAAAUAUAUAACCUGGAUUUCUAUAAUUUUAUUGCCAUGGUUAAUGUAUAGGAAGCAGCUUAACUGCAGUCCUUGACAAAACGGGUGAGACGGCCCACGAAAUAUAUAAACGUUUAUGUACAGUGCAUGCGCAAUGCACAAUGGACCUAUUCCCUAAUGAACAAAAUUUUGAUCUAGACGAGCCUAGACAAAAAUUUCAUCCCAGCUUGAAAGAGCGUCACAAAAUUAGUAAUAUUCCGAAGUUUCUUUGAAAACUGUUGUAAAAUGCGCAUAAUAUAGCCCUGCGAAGUUUGCCGUUUUUCAGUCAUUUUGUAUUACGCGCUGGAAAUUGAUACCUUUUUCAGAAAGCGGUAUCAAUUUCCCGCGCGUAAUACAAAAUGACUGAAAAACGGCAAACUUCGCAGGGCUAUAUUAUCCGCAUUUUUCAACAUUUCGCAACGAAACUUCGGGGAAACUUAUAGGAUCCAGAUAUUCAGUGGCUAACGCGCGUGAUUUACAUGUUAAAUUAAACGGGGAAAUAUUGAAACAGUCAGAUCAUUUUAGAUACCUCGGUGUCGACAUUGAUAGCUGUUUGACAUGAAAAAAACAUAUAUCGAAUUUAUCAGCGCGAAUGUACCCUAAGCUCAAAAUACUGAACCGAAUAUCGGUAUUCCUUAGCUGUAAGACGUUAUUAAGGAUAUAUAAACAAACUAUUUUACCAGUACUAGAUUACGGCUGUAUGGUUUGGGCAAAAUGCGGAAAGGGGAAUUCGCAGCGGUUAGAGCGUCUGCAGAAUCAAGCGAUGCGUAUUAUACUAUCAGCAAAUCGCAAAACGUGCAUACAAGAAAUGCGCACUAGGCUUAUUGUCAUUGAACAGCAGAAGGCGCUUUCUUCGUUUGCAAUUGGUAUAUAAAAUUAUAUACAACAUUGACUGCCCACAACAACUAAUUGGUUAUUUUAUUAAAAGAUCAGAAACGCACAAUAGAUCCCUGAGAGUCACCAUGCACGUUGUUGUGCGUAAUUCCAAACAAAUCGAAAAUGGGCGAGUCGUCAUUUCAAUGUUCGGCCGCGAAAGAAUGGAACGCCUUGCCAAAAUACUUACGAGACUUAAAGACUUUGUACUCCUUUAAAAACAAUAUUUUUAAAUUUUUCUUAGAAACUGAUGCUCACGAACAUCGUUGUAGCAUAUAGUAACUCUUAGCACUAAAUUUUUUUUUUUUUUUUAAACAUUUUUUAUAUCUAUUUUAGUAUUGCAUGUGGUGUGUUUUUUUUUAGAUAAUAUAUAGUAUUAUGGAUGUAAAUUAUUUAUAUAUUAAUGCUGGUCAUCGGUUUAUACCUGCUGAUAUUUUGUUAGCUGAUCGGGUUUUACCAGUUUAAAUAAAGAAGUUAUUAUUAUUAUUAUUAUUAUUAAUAUUACUAAUUUUGUGAUGCUCUUUCAAGAUAGACUUGUCUACUCUAGUCUAGAUCAAAAUUUUGUUCAUUAGGGAAUAGGUCCAUUGAGAACUUUAGGAACUCCUAGUUUGCACAAGCAUAGAAUCAAACAAAGAUGACUAAAGCCUGGUUUUCAUGUGGCCCUAUAACGGUCAUAAAAAUUGAGUCACGACCUUUCUCAUCAGCCGAAAUACAACAUUUGUGAACUGAGAAUACGCGGACUGAUUAUAACUAUAGAGAAUACUUAUGAUUUAUAUGUGGUUUACAAGAAGUUUUGUAAAACUAAAAGAACGGAAUAAACUUUUACUUUUAAAUAUGUUUAGCUAUUAUAAAUUUUAACGAAGAUCUAUCAUAAUAUUAUCAUAAUAUUUCAGUUAUCCUUAACUAUAAAGAGCUUAUUAAACCACCGUAUAUAACAAAAGGUUAAAAAUAUUUCUAGGGAACGCAACAACGACGACAGAUGCUAUGACUACACAAAUUAUUUCAACCCAAACCUCGACAACCUCGACUACCGCUAAUACACCGGCAACCACAACUAUCCCAUCUACAAUUCAGCCGCCAGUCCCACCAACAGACGACAUAGGAACGCCACCUCUUCCACCAACAGGUGCACUGAUACCCCCACCAAUCCCUGCAAACACACCCCCCAUUUCACCAUUUCCCGCAAACACACACCCCGUUGUCACAACAACCAAACCACCCCCACCGCAGGGGAAUAAAAAGAUAAGGUGUGGAACCAAAGGCAGAAUCGGUGGGGUAGUAAAUGGCACAAGAGCAGCAGCUGGCAGUUGGCCGUGGCAAGUCGGGAUUAAAAAGUGCGCCCAUUGUAAUAUAACGUGUGGUGGAACGCUGAUAAAUGACGAGUGGGUAGUUACCGCUGCCCACUGUGUAUCGCAGUCGUUCCCAAAUGAGUUGUAUAUCGUGAUCGGGGAAGUAGACCAAUCUGCGAAAUCUGGACACGAGCAAAGAUUUAGAUGCUCGAAAAUAAUUGUUCAUGAGGACUAUGGAGUUGAUGCGCCAUAUGACAAGGACGUUGCCAUAAUAAGAUUGGAUAAAUACGCCGUGUAUAACGACAAUGUGCGUCCACUCUUCAUGCCGGGAAGCGGGACAGUGUUAACAGAAAAAGAUUUAUGCACGGUCACAGGCUUUGGACGCGUUACUCAAACUAUGGUGUUAAAUCUGCGAGACUCUUGCAGGCUAAUGUGAAGAUUGCACCUUUCAAGACGCGUGUGAAGGUAAUGUUGUAAUCCUUGCUAAAGUAUAGUUGGCUUACGGUAGAAUGCCAUCAUGGCCCUUCGUUUGGAAAUUUGUUUUGCUAGGAACUUCAACGGGGAUUUUUCAGUGUUUAGUUUUUUUCAUAUUUGGCACAUUUGCGUAUACAAAUUGCUCAUCUCGUCACCUUUGACUGAUAAACAUUUUGCUGUUACCGUUGAGUGUUUGUAAAUAAGAAAAAAACAACAACAAUAAUAAUAACGAUUUAUUGGCAAGCAUCCACAGAAUGGCUGUCCACUUACCAAAAUAUACAAGUACACAAAAUCUAUGUCGAAUACUACUAGUACUGCUAUAUAACUGUAUAAAAUUUAUCUAUAAAAUUAGUAUAUUGGCAAUAUUUCGCAUAUACAAGUUAAAUCGCCCAUGCCCAAGUGGACAUUUAUGAUGCAUAUAUUAUACCUCAACUUCAAAUUGUCCAAUCAGGAAGCUUAGUUUGUAGCACGUGAUGAGUGACGAAUAAUUUAAUUUUAAACGUAAAACCUGGGGCUUUUUCAAAAUUUUUUAGCAAAUUUUGAAAACUAUUGCAUUAAUAUUCCCAACGGUAUGUGAUUCAAAAGAAAAGCGACGAUAGUUGAGUUAAUCCAACUAAUAAAGUAUCAUCACUGAGGGUAAUAUUUCACCGAAUCCCCCGAGCGGAGGGCUAUAAAUGUAUUUGUUAUAUAGCUAGCGUGAACACCAAACGUGAUUGGCUGAUUUGUGGUCACGUGACUUCAGAUAAAUGCAAUGUUUCCCGCCGGGCAACAAGUGAAAAAUUGUUGCCCGCGGCCCGCCCCGACCUGCCACGUACAUAAUAAAUAAACAAAAUGGUGGCACAACUACGAUAAUAGUAGAAACUACGAUUUUCCAAGUUUGUGUUCAAAUAAAGAAUGUAAAAGGGAAGAAAAAUACAGAACAAGAAACAGGAUAUGAUGCCGAAACCGUUUAAGUAGGUUCUUUAAUUUUAAACUCGUUUACUCUAUAGAGUUUUUGCCACGAAAAACAAUUGUUGUACAAAACUAACUAUUUCCCUCGGGAGCAGACAUAAGUAUAAUAUUAUACCGACAAUUAAAAUACUCCAAGUUUAGGAUUAAAAACUUGACACAUGCCCGUUCGUGAAUACGAUGUUUUAUUUUUGGAUUAACGCAACUAUCGUGCUUUUCUUUUGAAUCACGUAUCGUUUGGACUUGGAAUAUUGAUGAUAAACUUUUUUCAAAAUUUGAUUCAAUAUUUUGAGAAAGCCCCAGGUAUUAAUUAUUCAUCACUCAUCACUAUUUAAAUUUUGCAAUUAGCCAUUUUCCAGUCGAGAAGAGGACUGGGUCUAGUUGAUGCUUGCAGGGACGUUUGGAGGGACAACAAGUCACUGCGGAGCGAGCUAAAUAUGUAUUAAAAGAUGCCUCAUUAUAAUUGUUGCGUUUCAGGCUACACAAAUAACUUUAAGAAUGUAGAAAAACUUCCUAGAUGCCAUAUUCGGCAUAUUGUUUAUUUUUUUCCCUCCAAACAAGCGACUAGACCCAGUCCUCUACUCGAUUGGGAAAUGGCUAAUUGUCGGCCAUCUUGUUGUCUUGCGUGUUGUCUCGCGUGGUGUACGCGAAUAAUGUUCAUCCCAUGUUCUCCGGGAAACAUGGGGUGGAACAUUUUCAAAGGGAACGCAGGCUCGGUAAUUUAUUACGUAAGGCGUACCACAAGCUAAGAUUCCUGGUUGGACAAUUUGAAGUUGUGGUAUAAUACACAUAAUUCAGUGUAGAGUUUUCCGAAAUAUAAUACAAUUAUAUCCAAUUUUUGUAACAUUUUGUGUCGUUUUAUAGGCGUACGCAAGCUUGCUGAAUCCCAGAAAAGUUACCAGUAAUAUGUUUUGUGCUGGAUAUAAGAAAGGAGGUACGGACGCAUGUCAAGGAGAUAGUGGUGGUCCUCUGACGUGUUUUGAUCGCAGCAACUCCAGAUUUAUCCUUGGUGGAGUGGUGUCUUGGGGCGUAGGUUGCGCACAACCAGAUCGUUAUGGAGUAUACACCAACACAGCAUUGUUUACCCCAUGGGCAGGGUCGGAUCCAGAUGUACAACCUAGUUUUGCGAGCGGUGAAUGCGCGAGGCACCUAGGGGUCUGUCCCCCAGGGUGUCUGUCCCCAGGAAAGUUUUUAUUUUUAAACCUCAGAAACGCCAUUUGCAGCACUCUGAAAGCAGCUUCAACAAAAAAUUAACCUCAUGAAUUGGGAGAUAAUUAUAGCAAUUAUUAGUCUCACUGACUCUCACAACUUGCUCCUUAGGGAAAUUUAAAAGAGAAGUACUUGCAGAAAUGUGAUAAGUGUUGAAGAUGUUUCAUUUUAUCAAAUUAAGGUUUGCUAGUAUUAUGUUUAACUAACUCAUGAUGGUAUAGCCUGCGAACAGGCUCUCAAGCUGAAUUGAGAGCCUGCAUCGAUGACUAAUGAAUUUGAAUAUCUGCGUCUCAAAUCGUGACGCGAAAUUCUCAUUGGUCAGAUGCUAUAAUUUAUAUGUUUCCGCUGAGCUCUAUAUAUGUCAACUGCUGAAGCACUAUGCAUAAAAAACACAUUAACUGAUCAAAUUGGUCUUGGCCGUCUUAUCUCAAAGCACGAAAUGUUCUGUUUUGAGAAAACAGUAUUUAAAACAUUUGAACUUUUGCUUGAAUAUCUUAUAUUUCGAAAAACAGUAUAAACUGUACAGUCUAAAUUUAGUUUGCACGGUCUAAAUUUAGUUUGCACGAAAGUUGUAAACAACACCAUAUAAGGAUAGACAUUCCAUAUUUGGAAAAACGAACGUUACGGGGCAGAUAUUCAAAUUCAUUAGUCAUCGAUGCAGGCUCUCAAUUCAGCUUGAGAGCCUGUUCGCAGGCUAAUGAUGGUAUUACACUCAUUUAUGUUGCCUAAUAGCCUUGUUGAGUCAUUGAUCACUUGACUAGUAAUCACUAGGUAAAGAACCUAGCUAUAUGAUCGAAGCUUAUGAUUGGCUAAUUGCCUUCCAAGGUAGUGAAGGUAGUGACCAAUCGUAUUGCAAUAAUGAGUUGUCCCCAUUCUCCAGGCGACAACAAAUGCAGCGCGGCGAGGAACACAUGCAGAAAGCACGCAGAAAAAAUUGAGAAGUUACUGUCUGUAUGUGUAGGAAAUUGCAUCAACUUUUGGGUUUUUUGGCUCAUCAUGAUAUGAAAUUGCAAAGGCUGUCACCACAGUAUAUCCAGAAAGACUCACUUGUCAUUGGUAAAGUUGUUUAUUUUAUUUAUUACCGAAAUUACUUGUCAUUGGUAAAGUUGUUUAUUUUAUUUAUUACUGAAAUUAUGUACAUAAUUUUGGCCUUGCAACGUGAACAGGCAGUUUUUCUUUGACAUUUUUGUCAACAAUGAAUAAGGAGCACAAUAUGUAUUUGUUUAAUAAAUGUUUCUCCUAUUUGUAGACUAAUAUUGCCCAUUAAUUUAUAGUAGCAGUUGACCUCAAUAAAAUUAACUCAUCUAUUUAAUAAAUCUGCACAUAAUUAGUUCCAUUUUCUUGUAUUAUAUAGUAACAUUUUUGUUAUUAUGGGACGUUGAGCUUUAUAAAUAAAAACUUUUGGAAGAUGGCUUUCACUCUACGACAGACAGCCUACUUAUGGUCUGUUUAUAUGGGGUUAACCCAACCUAGAUUAGCUAUAUUCCUUUAAUUACUUUAUUGUUAUUUUAUAUUAAUAAGUAUUUACAUUAGCAAAUGGUGACCGCACAGGACAUAGCCCCAAUUUAUAUUACAGCUACCAUAUAACAACCUAGCUUGGCUACCAUAUAACAACCUAGCUUGGUUAUUCAAUUUAUGUGAGACUGUUGAGGCAAGCAUGGGCUUGCUGGAACAAAACAUGUGUAAAAAAAUAUUAAAUACAACAUGUUGUCAUGAUCCAUCAUCACCUUAAGCUCUAAUCCUAUUUGAGCUGCCAUUAAUUACCAACUGAACUACUGGAGAUUCAGGGAUAUUUUAUAUUUGACCAGGUAGACAGAAGUUUAAAGUAAUUUGGCAUCACUACCUACCAAUAUGCCUUAGUACGUUAUAUAAACCUUCUUUCCUCUUGGGCUGGCCUGCCUGGCCAAGACUCUUUUCCAAGCUAUAGAUCUGGGAUAUAACAGCUGGGCAUUAAAUAAUUAAUACAUAAUACACAUCAAUCUAUUGAUAUAAGGGGGUGUUUAUAUGGAGGAGAGCCUCGUACCCAGGCGCAAGUAACGUACUAAAAAUAGCAACACUACAGUGAUCUCUAUACAAAAACUGUAGUGUUGCUGUUUUUAGUACCGUACGUUAUUUGCACCUGGGUAACGAGGCUGGGAGUAGAGCCAGCCUAGAUACCUGAGCUAGCUUGCUUUGCCGAGAUCUAACAUCGCUAUGUAAUAUAUACUAACAUUUAUCUUGUGUUUAAAUGGGAACCGAGCUGGCCUGCCUAGGUGAGAUCUUGAAAAAUAAAAAUAUGUUUACUUAUAUUAUACUAUUUAUAGCGGUAACACCAAUCGUUUGUUUUGGCAAGACAGCCCACCUCAAAAGUCUCAAGUAAACAUGGGAUAAAAUCAGCUCAGCAAAGAGAUCUAGCUCGGGUACCUGAGUGUAUUUUACCUCCAUAUAAACACCCCAUUAGAAGUUAAAAUUUCUAGGGAUAAAACCUUCAAAACUUUAUUGUUGACAACAAUUUCAGGUAGACAGUAUCCAGGAAAAUUGCCUUUUCAUAUUGUAAGGCCAACAUUGUGUACAUAAUUUCAGUAAUAAAUAAAAUGAACAACUUUACCAAUGACAAGUGAGAGUCUUUAUGGAUAUAGUGACAGUCUUUGCAAUUUCACAUCAUGAUGAGCCAAAAAACCCAAAAGUUGAUGCAAUAAAGAAUAAUAGAUUAAUUUCUAAGUAUUUACAAACAUGUAGCAGUACCUUUUGCAUUUAUAUUGUGGAAAAAUAUCUAUAUUUUUAUUUUAUUUCUGUAUAUUUUUCUCAGAAGAAUGAUAACAAACUGCGUAAUACCGCGUGCAACCCCCCUGCUAAGAGACUUGGGCUAGUACAAUAACUGUGGCAAUCGAUACACCAGGCUCCAGCCGGAAAUCUUAGUUAAAGAUAAAGAGCAAAGCCCAGCAAAUAACUUUAAAACCAAACAUAAUAAAAGUAAAGAUUUAAUUAGCUAACGUUUCGUUGUUUACAAUACAACAUAUUCAGAGCAAUCUAAAUGAAUUUAAAGGGUAUGGUAUAUAUAUUUACAAAAUAAUGGUUUAAUAUUAGAAAAACGGUUACAUAAUUUGAAAGAACAAAUGAAUAGAAAGAAAGGAAAACAACUUAUCAGUAACUAGUUAAUAAGUAAAGAUUAAUGUUAAAUGCAUGGUUAGAAUAGUUAAGGUUAAUAUUACAUAACCAAAAUAACUCAAGAGGGGUAGAUCUAACAUUAGCAUUAAGGACGGGGUUAAGUUGAAAAAUUAAUAGGCUUUCACGGAUAAGAAGUUCCCACUCAGAAGUGCCUGAUAGAAUUUUGAAAUCAGAAGCGGAGGCUGGGUGUUUGUGCAUGUUCAUCCCUCGCCCUCCGCAUAAUAAAUGUACUUUCCCUAAAGAGCAUAAAAGUUGCUCAAAAGUUGCGCGAAAUAAAAAAAGUUGCUACUUAUAAAAUUCAAAAAUUUGUUCGUACUCAUUACGUUAAUUUCACGACAUACAUUAAUUAUAAAGCUUUAUACAAUUUCUGCAGGCCUGGAUAAAUUGGAAUUAUAAAUUAAUUAAAUCUCAAUUUUAAUCAACAGAUAGACCCAAACAAAAUUCAAUGCGAUAAUCGAACAUCUACCUUAUAACUUUUCCCACUUUUCCCAUGAACAUUCCAUAAAUUUUUGUCAUAUUUAAAUUAUGAUACAUUUUAAUAAAAAAGAUAAUUAACGAGUAAGCGAUUACGAUGAUUACAAGGAAAGGAAAGUUUGGCAAUUGGCAUGUACUAUAUACACUAGUUUAAACCACAGACAGUAAAUAGACUAGAUGGUUUGGAAACUCAUUAGAAUAACAACAUAACUCAUUAUCUAUGUUAGUCAACGUUUAUUCAUAAACAUAGUCGUUCACCGUCACGUGUGUAUUGUGUUUUUGCCAAAUCCAUCAAUAGCAAUUUUCAAUUUACCCUAUUGUUCGAGUCAUGGAUAGGUAACUUUCCUAAAACGUUCCUAUUGGUCAGUUGAGGAAAAAUACAAUACACAUGUGACGGUGAAAGACCAGAUUUAUGAAUAAACGUUGACUAAUUAUAUUGUUAUUCUAAUGAGUUUCCAAACCAUCUAUUUUAUUAACUAUGUUUAAACUACGUAUUUUAAAGAUUGUUUAAUUUAGUAAGGAGUUUGUCGGUUUACCGUGUCAAGUCCGAGUCAAAUCUGAGCCCAAGUCAAAUGUAUGUCCGAGUCACUAACUGUUUAGCGGUCUUUGUAGUUCAUUGACGUAGUACCCUAACCCUACUCCUGACCCAGGGCUGUAGCACUCCCAAUAAUUUGCUAGCUAAUAAUCACUCUUUUUCCAAAAUCAUACAGACCUUUAUCAUUUAAAUAAUAUACCUUUAAAAUAUACUGACAAUUGAUUAUUUUUAAGCAGCUACAUUGAUCCAUGACAAACUUACGGUGGCCCACACCGGCAACACAGAAAUAUAAUAGAACUGCGGAAAAAUAUUUCUUAUUACUGAUACAUCAUAUAAAUAUAUAAAGAGUACACAAAUAUAUCAGUUUCAGUACGCAGAAAAUUUCUCAGUACGCAGAAAUAUUUCUCAGUACGCAGAAAUAUUUCUCACUACGCAGAUAUAUAUUUUCAGUACGCAGAAAUAUUUCUCAGUACGCAGAUAUAUAUUUUCAGUAUGCAGAAAUAUUUCUCACUACACAGAUAUACAUUUUCAGUACGCAGAAGUUUCAGUACGCAGAAAUAUUUCUCAGUACGCAGAUUAGGCAUCUUUGUAUUUUCUUUUUCGGCAAUUUUUAACUAAAGUUUCACCUUGUUCACCAAGGUAUAGAACGCGUACCCCAACCUUAGGCCUAGUUUCGUUUUCGUCAAAAAAGUUAGUGCGAGGUCGAUACGUACAAAAUUUGUUUUUUUUCAAACAAAGACAAAAUUCCUAAUCUUUAGAAAUCUAGUGUAGUUUAUGAGGUGACAUGUCCUAGCUGUUCCGCAACGUAUAUUGGGAAAACAGAAAGACGUUUACAGACGUGACUCGCUGAGCAUACUAGUAUAUCCGACCAAAAUUUUCUUAAUCUAUACACCCACAUUUCAUCACACUUACAUCUCACUUCACUUGUCGUGGUUCUGAUUGAGCCUUGUAUUUGUAUAUAUUGUAACUAUACGGCGGUACUCUAUAGUUAGUCUGAUGAUGAUUUUACUCAUUAUUACUUACUCACUUUCUUGUUUGACUCAUAUUUUGGGUUUCAAGAUGCUUAUUUUCGGCUUAUGUUCCUACAUUAUGUUUCUGACCUACGGCUUAUCUCGUUGUUACUCUAGUAUCUAUUAUGCUACCAACGACUGGAAUAGUCUGCCUGUAGAUAUCCGAAAUAUAUAUCAAAUUAAAACUUUUAAAAGUAAACUAAAGAAACAUCUAGCUACAUAGGUCAUAGCCAUAGGACUCUGUAAAGAAACGAUAGGGGGCCCAUUCACAAAGGAUGUCCGGCCAAAUGAUGGAUUUUCAGACCCCCUCCCCCCCCCCUUGUCCGGCAUUGUCCGAAUUAGUGACCCCCUCCCCCCGGACAUCCGCCAUGCCUCGCAAAAACUCACGCAACCUUGUAUAUAUCAAGAGUAAACUUUCAGAACUUUUCUAUAACUGUAAAUGUGAACACAAAAACAUAUAAAUUACUAAUUAAAACAAAAUCUAUUGUUAACCGCAUAGUCAAAAUGCCAAUUUCACAAUGGGAAGGACUGCUCAAAAUAGAGGGAAAAAGAAAUUUGUUUUUGAAUUUUUUAAAAUUUCGGACAUCCGGAUUGCUAACCCCCCCCCCCUCUCCCCUAUGUCCGAGUUUGUCCUAAUUUUCCAACCCCCCUCCCCCCUCGGCUCGGACAUCCUUUGUGAAUGGCCCCUUAUAUAAAAAUACCAAGUAAAUAUUUCUUUGGAACGGCAAUAAUUAACAUUUUCAUUCAACCAAAUGCAAAAUAACGGCAAUGACUACUGUUAGUACGUACUAGGCGAUCAUAAGCAGAAUAGAGUCUUUUCCACGCCUAAAUUCCUAGAGAAAAAAUGCCUCUUGAUUCUUACCAGGGCAAGGAAGGAACGAUAUUUAUUAACAGUAUAUAAAAAUAUUUCGUGCCUUAAACUGGAAUAAAACUCAUCACAAAUCAUAUCACAUCAACGGCUGACAAUGAGGAUUGUUUUGUAAUGCCUUUGUGCAUAAUGACGUUCAUUUUCGCUGCUCGGCAAAUUGGUUCAGUAUACUAACGUGGAACUCUACUCAAUAAAAAGCCUUUGUUUUGAUCUCUUCAAGCUGUAUCAUACGAAUGAUAAUAUACGAUAAGAUUUCAUUACAAUCAUUUAUUUGGGUAAAUUUGUUUUGGCUGUCGUCGUCGCUUUGCCGCCCUAGUACAUCUUUAAAAUUAAGGUCUCUAGUAGCGUGGGUCGUGAAAAUUGUAAUCUCCCAGCCGACGGCGCGAAGCGCCGUGCGAGGGUACUAAUUCCCCUCGGCUAUUUACAUCCGGGGAAACGAAAACAUUAGCGAAGCCUAAAGUUCAUCAAUUAUCGCGGGCGUGGGUGACCAACGAUGUUGGGUGUUGGGUGGGUGGUCAUCCUCACUGAUCUCAAAAAUAUGGCGGACUGUCAUGAAUAGCGGAUACUGAUUGGUCCAAUUUAAAAUUUGCAAUAUAACGACUGCAUGACGACAGCAAAAUAGCAAACAUUUCUUGAUUUGAUGAUUGAUAAAUUUCCUGCAAAUAUAUUUCAUUUUUGCUCGCAUUUUUGCAAGAUUUUGCAAGUUUCAAAAGCUUUCUCAGGAAGAAAGGGCGAAAGAAUCGGCUAAAAGAAGGGAGCCGACGUUAACGAAGGUAAGUUUGUUUUAAGUAUUGAUUUUAUAAUGGCUUCAAAACCCGAACGGCCUUUGCGUAUAUGAAACAACUAAUCCAAUGGUUGGGACCCGACCGUUGGAAUGUAAUUAUUAUUUUGCAUCUUUUGAACUUUCUUGAAUUGAAUCUCUAGUCUGUAUUCAUUUACAAGCAUAGCAAACCAGAACAGUGUUAAAAAUUCAGUAUAAUAUAUCUAAUCAUAUUUUACAACUGUAGCAUUGAGUUCAAAAUGUAAACAAAGCGUUUUUUACAUUACGGACUUUACAUGGUCUUUAAAAAUAAAUAUUGAUUCCCUUUUUUAUUAUAUUGAAUUUUUUAAAUAAAAAAGAAAGCAAAGUUAUUUGCAAGCGAGAAUUUGAAAUAAUUUUAUUGCAAACUCAAAGUUUAUCGGUAAAGGUACUAAAGCCAUUUUACAUUUAAUUAUUAAAGGCAGUUUAGUUUUAUAAAGAACACUUUCAAACGUUUUGCGAAGCGUUUGUGGUUGAAUCUUACCUUAAAUUGAGGCUUAUAUUACGUAUGAUAACAUACCUAACAUAUAUAUGUUGGGAAAUUUGUAAUUAAAAGUGAUAUUUUUAGGCGAUUUUUCAUUUGUAAGAAUAUUCUUAAUAAAUUGUCGUGUUACCAUGACAACUACUUUAGAUACUUCAUGUUCGGAAAAUUCAAUGGUUUUGUCAGCAAGGCGAGGGUUUCUGCAUGCAUGUAUUUUCUAGUAUUCUUGUAAUUUUCCUGAUCCACGCGCUACUGUAACGUUCCUACCACUACCUUCCAAAAGUUGUUAUUCUUCACAGUGAGUGUGCGUGAAUUUUUCCCUUAAGGUAAUUCCGCAGUUUUGCAUUGCGCACUUUAGCUGCGCACAUCUUAUAACUUAUAAUUUCAUCCAUUAUAUGUACCGUUAAAAAAUAAUUUUAUGACAAUUUUAUGUUACUUCAAAACAUCUUAGAUUACAUUCGUGCAAAGAAUUACGUUAAAAUCAAUGUUUCCAAAAAAGGCAUACAAAAGUGUAGCUAGGGUUCUCUGUGUCUGUAGUAUAUUUAUUUACUUGUAUUUCACGUUUUAAUGACACAAUUCCCUAAAAAGAUCGGUGACCCCCGUUUUUAACUGAUAAUUUAUUUCUUUAAUGCAUUUUACGUUUCAUAUUCGAAAUUAAAAGAAAAAUCAUUUCUGGAUCUUGACAAAAAUCCUUUAUCAAUGUAUGUUCUCAAAGAAAGAUAUGUAAAAAAAUAUGCAAAAGACAUUUGUGGAUCCGAAUUGUACACGUUCGUAGUUUUAUUUUGCUCAAAACACAAUAUUUUUCAAAGAUAAUUACAAGAUAGGUCAGUUUACUAAAGCAAAAUCCGCGCUAAAAACGUCAAUAAAUAUCCGGCUGUUGUGAUUUUGCUGUUACUCGUAAUGAACGUCAAGAUGGCGCCAUAUUGGGGGUAAAGGUGGUAUAUUGUGAUUGUCAUAUCUUCUUAACGAGUUCGGUGACCCCGACUUUUUUGUGUGAUUUUACUUUAAGUAUAUCAUAAACUCCAUGCAUGCCUGGGAAGUUUCAACACAUUCUCAUUUCGGGAACAAUUACUGCGGAUUUAUGUACCUUAAUUCGUUUUUCCUGAUGUAAAUUAUAGUAAAAAUCAGGGUACAGUGAAUAUUGAAUUAUAGAGUAAAUUUAUUCAAAAAGUGGGAAAAUUGUGUCUGAAAUUUCUGGUAUUAGAGGAACGAAAGAUCUUAAUUUUAUUCCUUUUCUUCGAAAAGUCAUAUUUUAUUCUUUAUCUUUAGGGUUGUUUCACUGAAUUGAAGGAAUAUAUCAAGGAUCAUCUUCUGACUAUUGGAUUGGCAGCACUUUUCUUUUUGAUCUUAGAGGUGAGCAUAACAUUCAUUAAAUCAAACAAUCCUAGCCAGUUAUAAAGAUUUCUCAACACAAAUUAUGUUAAUCCUACUUCACUGAAAGUUGAGAAUAGGCCAUUAAUUUAAUUAGGUUGGCCUUAUUUUUUAGCCUUACUAAGGCAGAUGUGAUGUGUUUGAAUCUUUACCACAGACAAAUUUUCCACUAUACAGUAUAAACGAAGGGUCGAGAAAUGAGGAGGUAGCUUUCAUGUGAGGGGGCAGCUUUCACGUCAGGGGUUGAGGGGGAGGGAGCUUAUAAGUUUCAGUGUCAUUUUCCGGCGAAAAUCCCAUGUCAGUUAUCUGCCCACUGUUUUCCUCAUUCCAAGCAGAAAGUGUACUCGGUGCAAAUUUCAUUUUCCAAAUAGAGCGAGCACCACCUUUCACAACCUUCUAAACGCUACCUGAUUUCGUAUUUGUUAUCACUAUAUAUUUGACUAUAUAUAUUGUUAAAUUAUUUAACCUUUUUGUUUAUUUUUCCAGCUUGUCGUGAUCAUUUUGACACUUAUGUUGGUGUUAAAAGUGGCUCGUGGAUCGAAAAUUGUCUAA